AUGGCGAAUACAGAAGAUGAAGGACGACUACGACGUUGUUUGGAAGCGAUAGUUAAAGUUAUUGAAGAUACUAUGAGAAAACUAACGAACCAAAACCAAUCAGGGCAUUUCACUACGGAUGGCACGUUAGACAUUAAUAUCUAUACAUUUACGUUGGAUCCUCAGGUCAACGCUUUGAUGGACGAUAUGAAAUAUCAACUUGAAGAAGUGCUAUCAAAAAACAUACCCAAGUUGUUGACACUAUCUCGUAAAUAUUUAUUGAAUUUUUUACAUCAGUACAAUUACAAUCAAGAGACUCGCGAGUUCACAAAUCCUUUCAAUACUGGCAUGCUGAAAGCUUUUGCGAAUGAUGCACAACAGAUGUUAGCUUCACUCAAAGCUUUCCAAGCAGCUUUCACUGGCGACGAAGGCGAUGUAAAAGAUUUUCUAAAGAAAUAUCCCACAAUGAAAGAUAGUCCUGGUCUGUGGGGUACUACGAUCCUAUACUCAGCAGCUCGAAACAAUCAUUUCAAUCUGGUCCGAUUUCUUUUGAUCAAAGCUCGAUGCUCCGUCAAUGCUCAAAACCAACAACAUAUCAAGCGAGCCUUAGACAGAGCAAUCGAAGAUGAUCCGGACUUUGCUCGAAAUCCAUCUGCUGGCUCAACGGCGUUACACGGCGCUUGUUUUGGUGAUCACUUGAAGAUAGUCGAAUUCCUCUUUGAACACGGUGCUGAUUGUUUUCUCCGAAAUCAUGCUGAUGAAACACCCAUUGAUAAUGCCCGACAACAUCCCAGUAUUAUUAAAUAUUUUAAAGACAACCUUGUUCCCAGCUAUUCGAUCAAAACCGAUGAUCUACCACAUCUACAGAUUUCGACGGAAGAUGAAGAUACUCUCGUCGAUUGUUUUUGGGAAUAUAAACCCUUUACCAAUGAGCAAUGGUAUCCGUUUUCGGAAGCCGAGGCAACCACUCUUCAGGGAUCCAUGAUAUUCAAAGAGGACAACGAGUUUAAACAUGAAAUUCAUUUACGAGUGCGCGCUGGAACUUAUGCAGUUUCGUUAAUUCAAUUCCUACGAUCGGGCAAGGAUGCUAGUUUCACCCAAAGAAUCGCUUGGGUUCGUUGCAGAGGCUCGUCCAUCGUAAAUUUCAAUUGCUACUGUCUCUGGCAAAUUAUGUUCACGAAAUAUCCAAAGGCCGAAACUGAGCCAUCCUUAACAAUGUUGACCAUACCAACGGUAUAUGAUAGCAAUUUCAAAGUUCGUCUUCAUUCGUGGUAUUUCUGUGACGCUAAAACCGACACUCAGUUAGAUCAUACCAUGAAAUAUCGUCGCAAGUAUCUUCGUCUCGAGCUUCCUCGUGUAUGCCAGGACGAACUCGUAUUUGAUUUACAAACAUUUUCGUUUGCUAAUGGAAGCGGAAGUAUCGCUGGCUAUAUUCGCUGGAUUCCGAAGAUGAUUUCAAACAAUCCGCGCAAUAAGAACAAAAUUAUCGGUAUCGAUGAUUUUCAAGCAUUGGCACAUUUAGAUCCGAUACCAUUAACCACAGCACGAUUGAGACAAGUCGAAAGCAGUGCUGAUCGUAUGUCCACUGUUAACGAUGAUGAUGAUGGCAUGUUCAGAAAUGACGAAGAUUAUGAUUCGGAUACCGAAGAAAGUGAUGCUGAAGAUGAUGAUAGUGUGCAUAGAACCAUCAAUGAAAUGCCUAAGACUCCUAUCAAUCAAGUUUGGUCUGUGAAAGAUCUUACUGGGGACAUAGAAAGCAAAUCCGACACCUCCGAAGAUUUCGGUGCAAAACGAAUGGAAGAUUUCAUCAAUGAAGCAGCUGCAACUGUACGCUUACCGCAACAGAAUAAUUUCGAGGAGAGCAUUGUUUCUGGUUCAUCGAAUAACGAUAAACAAUCAGCACAAAUCAACGAACAAUUGAGAGAGCUAGAGAAGAGUAACGAAAAAUUGAACAAUGAUUUAGCCAACGAAAGACAACGGAUACAAGCCUUAUUAGAUUCAGGCAGCCAACAUGAGCAGGAAAUCGAACGAUUGUUAAAUCGAAUCACGAAGAUGGAAGAAAACCAAAAAGAAUAUGAACAACAAAAACAAAAAUUGAAAGCAAUGGAUAAAAACAUCAAAACCUCGGAUUACAAAAGCAUUCAAGUUGAAGUCAUCCACCGGUACUUGGCACCAAAACAUUCGAUCAUCAUUCUUCAUUUACGAAGUUUAUUGAAAAACAUCGAUCCAUCUUUCGAUGAUCGCGUACCGAAAAUCGUGUUCUCUACAGAGGGUAGUCAAUAUGUUGUUACUGUCAUUGGGUUUUCUGCUCAUCAGCAAGGAUUCAAAGACCUUUUACAACGAAUCUGGUCGUUGAUGAAUGUUAUUCAGUCGGCGAAAAAAUAUUAUCAACGGUACAUCCGCCGAGAUACUAGUCAAUUGAUGAAAGAAGCGGUAUUUCGUGUUAAACCACAAACACAUAGUUGGAAGCAAUAUGUUGCAACCUUCAGCGAACUAUUGGAGACGAAGAAGACGGAAUAUGAGAAGAAAUUUGAAGUCUUUCUUGAUGAACAAGCGAACGCAUUGAUCGAUCAAUGCAUUGCCGACAAACUACCGAAGCCUUGGGAGGAUCUUCGCAAAGCAACGGAGCAGUUUCUUCAGAAACAGCCAUUGAUGAAUGAAAUAGAACUUCUGAAACAUGCAGCAUUGGAACAAUUUAUCAAAGAAAAUAUCUUAGUUCAACGUGCGAAACUCGUCACGAAGCCGUCGGCGAAAUCUGUUGCUGUUCUUCAAGAGUUUAUCGACAAAGUACAAAAAGAAUUUCAAACACUCAAAUUGUACCAAGGUUAUGAACUGAAGCAUUUCGCGCUCAUUCCUAAACUUCUUCAACGACUCACUCUUUACUAUGGUUGUUUCAAAGUUCAAUUGCCACUGUACGAAUCGUCUAAAGACCUAUUGGAUAAAAUCGAAAAGAGUCCAGUCGUUACUAUUUCAACAUCGACUGGAUCAGGAAAGUCGACAUUAUUACCAGCUCUUUUGAUCGCCGAAGGUUAUGAUAGAGUUAUCGUCACUCAACCACGACGUUUGCCAUGCCAGUUAAUUUGUAAACGAGUAAAUCAAACAAUGGGCGACGAUUCGGAAUCACUGAAGAAUCCAAUAGCUGGCUGGGCCGUCAGUGGUACUGAAAGACAUCCUGAUGCAGCUAUCGUUUACUUGACCGACGGUCUACUGAAAGAACGACUGCUCUACGAUUCGAAUCUGAUCUCUACACAAACGAAACUCAACAAAUCAGUCGUUUUCUUUAUCGAUGAAGUUCAUGAACGGUCGGUUAAUAUUGAUCUUUGUUUGGCUCUACUAGCUCGAACAUUAACGACUCAACCUGAACUGAAAACCAAAAUAAAAGUAGUUGUUUCAUCUGCGACACUCGAUGCUUCAGUGCCGAGAUUAUUUAGUAAAAUUGGUCUUGCCGAAUUCCAAAUGCCACAAAUGGGAACAUUAUACAAAGUCACGGAAAUUGCACGACCCAACGAAAGUCCUAUUGAUAUCAUUCAAGAAUUGUGUAAAAAACGAAAACGUCAUGAGCAAAUUCUUUGCUUCGUUAGUUCCGUUGGAGAAGUCACUCAAUCAUGUAAACAAAUCAAUGAAAUUAGCCGAGAAACAAUUGUCGCGUACCCAUUGAUCCAAUCACAACAUCCUAACGUUCAACAAGAUUACAUUGAACACGGCACUGUGUUCUUCUCUACCACCAUAGCAGAAACAUCGCUGACCUUUCCUUGCCUGAAAUACGUCGUUGAUACAGGAAUGAUCAACAUUCCCAUGUAUGAUUUUCAAUCGAAACGGACUGUUCUAAAAGAAAUUCCAGCUGCUCAUUCAACAAUAAAACAGCGAUUGGGUCGUCUCGGCCGAACACAACCCGGUGAGUACUAUUCAUUGUACAAUUUCAAGCCCGAUGCCGUUCCAUAUCCGGUACCUCAAAUCUGCCAAUCGGAUCUGAUGAGCAUCGAGUUUUCCUUGAGAAAGUCUCCAUUGAAAGCUGGCUUCAACCAUAUGAAAACAUAUCUGCCGGAUAAACCGGAACAGAAAACAAUUGAUAUAACCAUUACACAGUUAAAAGAUUUGAAUAUUUUGGAGAAAGGUUCUAACGAUAAAUUGACGAAACAUGGUGAGGAGCUAGCGAAAUUGCCUGAUUUUGGUUCAUUGGCAAUGUCCAAAGCGGUGUUGGCAGCUCUCGGUCAAUAUGGAUGUGGACGGGAUCUAAUCUGUUUGUCAGCUAUUUUAGGGGUUUUGAACACGACAGCUCUACUGAAACGUUUACCACAACAUCUGAAAAGUUCGGAUGGAGAUUUUAUGACUUUAUUGCACGUCAUGAACAGAAUUCUUCUAAUUAAACAAAGUACACCAGCGAAUCAAUUCAACCUUGAUCAAGUUUGUCAAGCAGAAGGUUUACGAGAAAUUCAACAUAUCAUCCGUCAAGCCCUGAGACGUUAUCAAACAUUGGAAAAAGCGUUCAAUCAAUCGCCGAGCUUCUGUGCAUCGGCUCAAACUCAGUCCGGAGACUGGGAAUUAAUUGCUAAAUCCUUAUUGACUGGUUACUACGAUAACGUUUUCGUUUCCAUGAAAGAAUUACAAGAUCGCUCCCAUCUAUACAUUCGCUACAAUAAGCCAACUGAUGUUGUUAAAUUAGAUUUACAAUCAACAUUAACACGGCCGAUUAGCAUAGCACCAGUUUCGCUCGUUCUAGCUCGAGAUAUUCGUCAUUCGACGACUGUCCGAGCAACGGGAAUUAUUUCAUUCGUUGGUGAAAUCAAAGCAGAAUGGCUCGACUAUCCACUCGAGCGAGAGUUCGAGUUGACUAAUGACGAAGAAACAUAUUUGAAUAGUGGAAAUCGAUAUUCCGGUGCUCAGACAAAAUUCUCUCAUCGAAUUAACAUGGCAUUAGGUAGCCAACGAAUGAAAUUCAAAGGACCAUCAGGUGUUGUUCUCGAUGCUGAACUCCAUCUUCGCCAGCAGAUGAUUUCCGAGUUGACCUUCAAUUUAGUGGGCACAGCGAACAUGACCGAUGAUUCGAACUUCUCCUUGAAUCUAUUAAGUGUUAUGAAAAGAAUUAACAUCUUCAAUCCGAUGAAGUGGCGAUGGGCUGCAGAAAGACAAGUAGAAAUCACUAUAAACAGUAAUACAACAGCGAAAACGUGUGAUAUUGUCAUCAAAGGCAGAGACUCAGAUAAUCAGAAGGUAAAGAAGGAGUUUCAAGCAUUUCUCAGCUGGCUAAGAGGAUGUGCUGUUAUACGGCAUCCAAAUGAUUUUGUCAGUCCACGCGUACUUCAUCCUGCAAUGCGCAGAGAAAAGGAAACUCGGGAGAUGGAGGAAAGAAUCAGUCGUGUCACUGACUCAAAACGAACGCCAGUCGAUUUGUUCAAAGCUGUUCGAGGUAAGAAAGCGACGCGCGAAACACGAAUGGAGGCCGUGGCAUGGAUUGCAGUUUGCAGAUUUGACUGCAAACUAGAAGGUGGUUUUGUUCGCGAUUGGAUCGUUGAUGGGAAUGCGAGCAAGCCAACUGCUAUAACGGAUCCGAAGAAAUGGAUCGACACGAACAAUCCUAUGCCCGCUUUGAUAAAAGAAGUCGUUCCGGGUGAUCUGGACUGUCAUCUACCUUCGCAUAUAUAUUUCGACAUAGAGAAAUUCCAAGAUGAAUUGUAUCGAUACGGAAUUACAUGCGAAGUCAAACGUGACACUUGGAGAUAUGUUUUAUUAUUCGAUUUGAAUGAACCAACAGGACCAUUUACUAUGGAUUUGAUUGAACCACACGUCGCAUUGACACAUGAUCGAAUUGAUUUAGAUGUGAGUAAUCUAUCCGUAGAGAAAGAUUAUACUCAUGAACUUGGAAUGCGUAUCGACAUACAACGAAAACCUUACGAAAUAGAUUUAGAAAAGAUUGUUAAACAUAUCAAAAGCAAACGUUUUCAAGUUCUUCGUCCAAUCGAUACAUACGUUCAACAGCGUAUCGACAAAAUGAUACGUCGUGGAUGGACUCAAGAUGGACCUGUUAUGUCAAUCUUGCCCAAUCCUCACCAUCAACAUUAUGCCAUUCUAGUGCCCCUACCAACGAGUGCUACUCUGUAUAUUGAUGUUUCAGCGAAGAUGGCAAGCAUUAGCGCAGUUCAAAUUAUCUCAAUAGAAGAGAUACGAAAUCCUUUUCUCGAAGAGAUCUACGAAGGUAUAAAGAAACUCACUUCCAAGCAGUGUCCAAAUCAAAAUCCAAAUGAACAAGAACUGUUCCACGGCGCGAAAAGUCUUGGUGCUAAAGGCAUUACCGAAGACGGGUAUGACGAUCGAUAUUUUAGUAAAGAUGGCUUAUACGGUCAUGGUGCUUAUUUUGCUGACAAUCCACAAAAAUCUCACGGCUAUACUGAUGCGAAUCCUAACGAUGGCACUCGCGUCAUGUUUUAUAACAAGGUGCUCUUGGGUGAAUCUAAGGUCUUAACAGCUACAGAUAAAACAUUGGUAUCAGCUCCACUAGGAUUCCAUUCAAUAAUUGGCAAGCACUCAACAAUGACUGAAUAUAUUGUAUAUCGCUAUGGUCAGGCAUUGCCUUACUUAAAAAUCGUUUACAAAGCUUAA